AUGCUCUGGCUUGACAUCGAGACAUACGCAUGGCCAAGCGAUCACACGAAGAACCGCGCUUUCAUCGAGGAAAUGGGAAAAGAAUUGACAAGCCUUGGACAGAGCUGGGGAGUUUACAGCAACUACAACAAUUGGCAAUCAAUUGUUGGUCUUGACUACACCGGCAUGAAGAGCAAACAGCUGUGGUGGGCUACCUACAACAAUGAAGCGAACUUCAACAACUUCAAGGCAUUCGGUGGAUGGACUAAGCCGAACAUUCAUCAAUACAACGGUGACGUCACUGGACCAUGCUCAUUCUCCAUCGAUACCAACUGGUAUCCUUGA